UUCCCCCAUUAUAAAAGAUACAGGAAAAUGAGGUCCUUUCCUUCACUUUCUUUCUCUUUCUCUGUGCAAGGAAGAAAAGGUCUCUGAUCCAUCUCUGCUUCUUUAAAUACAUAACUUUCCCUUUUUACAAACUUUUCCUUCAAACCAUCAUCCCCAAAACAACUCUGAUUACUUACUUUCUCUUCACCUGCAAUUCUUUCUUUUUUUGUAUAAUCUGACUGUUUAAUGGUUAUAGUCUCUGCAACUUUUUUCCUUUUUCUAUCAAACCUAGACGGAUCCUAUUAAAAAGCCUAUAUUUCUCUUCACUCGCUCCCUCCCUCUUCCAAGUUUCACACACACAUCAACACACCAUGCAACUUAAUCAUGAGGCGCUCAUGAUAUAAUCACACGACGCUUUCCUUCCCUUCCUUUUCGGUUCUCUUCGUUUGUUUAACUUCGAAGUUUUAAACCCACUUUUCCUGUCGAUUUUCUUUUCCUUUUUUCUUGUUUUGGCAGUGUUUUACGUACGCUUCUCUUUCAUUCAUUCUCUCUAUUUUAAUCUAUUGUCUCUGUUAAAACAUCCUCCAGGGCCUUUUUGACUAAGAUCUUCACCCUUCCCUUAUGUUCAUAAGCUCAAAGACCAUAAUGAGAACUGCACCUUUGCCUGAUCUAUCCUUGCAGAUUAGCCCACCACCCGUUUCAGAUUGUAAAGCUAAGGAAAUGACUUACGAUGUUUUAUCAGGAAAAUCAAUCUAUAGUGAUAGGAGCUCGACGACUGAUUCUGGGAAUAGCGGAAGCGAUUUGAGCCAUGAAAAUGAAUACGGUAAUCCAGAUCUUGGAGUACCCACGUUGAGCUUAGGGUUUGAAAUGGCAGAUUUGUGUUCUCCCCAUUUACAGCAACCAAGAAACCUUCAUCAUCAUCAGCAGCAGCAGCCUUAUCAGCCUCAAAUCUAUGGUCGUGAUUUCAAGAGAAAUUCAAGAAUGAUCAAUGGAGCUGUGAAAAGAAGCAUCAGAGCUCCCAGAAUGAGAUGGACUACAACACUCCAUGCCCAUUUUGUUCAUGCAGUCCAGCUGCUUGGAGGCCAUGAAAGAGCAACACCAAAAUCAGUCUUAGAGUUGAUGAAUGUCAAGGAUCUAACCCUAGCUCAUGUGAAGAGUCACUUGCAGAUGUAUAGAACAGUGAAGAGCACUGACAAAGGACCAGGUCAAGGGAAGACAGACAUGAGUUUGAACCAAAGGAUGGGGAUUGUUGAUUUGGAUGGAACACCAUCUUCUGCAAAAGCUGAUCCUAACGCUUCUUAUUCUCUCAAACUAUCAGCAACAUCACCACAAACGGUACCACAAAGGACCCAAAGUGGUUCAUGGCUACCCUUAACGGAGACACGUAAUUUGAGCAUAUCAAACUAUGGACACGGUUCGACUUUCGAGCCAAAUAAUGCUAAGGUUGAUGGAGACAAGGCAGCGCUUCAUGUCUCGGAUAGAAUGAAGGAAAGAUUAGAUUCCUGCUCCUCGUCACCUUCAGACAUGUUCCUUAACCUAGAGUUCACGCUCGGAAGGCCAACCUGGCAAAUGGACUGCGCUGAAUCUUCAAAUGAGUUAGCUCUUCUCAAGUGUUAGACGCCAUAGAACCGGCUAGUACUAUAUAUGAUAUUUUUCCUGUAAUUUGGGUACUGGAAAUGCAUGAACUAUAUAUCUUGGUCUAAGUUGUUUAAAUUUUGUCUGGAAAAGGGAAAGAAAAUGCCUGUAGCCUUGUGAAUGUUGUCGGAUCGCCUUUGUUCCAUGUAAUUUUGAUGGCAUUGUGGCAAACAAAGAAGGAAAAACCAGAAUUCUAAAAUCAGCAACGAUCUUGAUAUUUCUGGGCCAGAGUCUAUAACGGGGCUAGGGCUCUGCAGACUUUCCAGGAGGGUCCCCAACAGUGAACAAGUGGGUCAAUCCCCAUUGCGAAAUUAAUAUAUUUGAGACAGUUUAUGUCAAUCAAUUUCGCAUUCGGUGCCCCUCUCUGAAACAUUGAGCUGGGUAUGGCCCCUACAUCCCUCCAUGACCAUUGAUAUGAUUGUAGCCAAGAUUUGAAUGCUAAUGUCGCACAGGCCUUGGAAGCUUGAACGUACGAUGUGUUUUGAGAUGGGUCCAAUCCACGUCUACUGGAAAACAAUAAUAACGACCCUAUAUAUUUAUUAAGUAGUAAGUACUCCAAAGAGAUAAUAAUCCUUUGAGGACCCCAUAUUUUUCAGAGUGGUCGUCAGUCAUGAUUGUUCUUCAUCUUCUUCAAAUUACUAUUCGAGCAGUGAUGUUACAUAAAUUACCACUCCAGCACUAUACUU